AUGGGAACCGUUUCGUUAGCAGUUCAAUUAUUUAUUGUAUUCCUUCUGACUUCAUACUUGUUGAAUAAAUACUCAACAAUCCGGAAGCAAAAUCCGAUUGUGACGAUAUCCACGUUCAUCGGAUGGUACUUCUCGCUCAUCAUUGUAUUCGUUCUUCCGCUAGAUGUGGCUAUUACAUUCUUCCACAAAUGCGAGAACGAUCGUCAAAGAGUUCUAAACACCACCUCGACUCCAGCGCCAAUCGUACCAGAAUGCGAACUUCCAGGAGGAUAUGUACCAGAUGAUGUUCUCUUCGAUCUCUGGCGUGUUGUGUAUUGGAGUGCCCAAAUUCUGACUUGGCUCAUCCUUCCACUCCUCCAAAGUUACGUCACGGCUGGCAAUUUUACCAUAUUUGGAAAAAUCCGUGCGGCAGUGAUCAACAACACCGUCUACUACGCCAUCUACUCUCUUUGUUUCCUCGCGAUUCUGAUCUAUGCGAUGUUCAAAGGAGUGUCCAUCAACAUAGAGAACUUGAAAGUCAUUUUGGUGUCUGCCUCCAACACCUGGGGUCUAUUCCUGCUCGUUGUGCUUCUAGGACAUGGACUCGUUGAAUUACCACGAAGUCUUUGGCACCAUGGAAAUAGACAUUACCGACUGAGGAAAACGUAUUUCGACAUCGAAAAGUUGGCAUCAGAGAAGAGUGAAGCAGAGGAAAACGUCAAGGAGAUUUACAAAAAAGUUCGUGUUCUUUUCAACUCGAUGAAAAAUGACCAAAAUGGACAACGACGAAAAGUCAGAACGAUUCUUUCAAAGUUUAGUGAUGAUGUUAUUGAUCAACUCUUCCCUUCAAGACAAGUUAUUGAUAAUGCAAGUAUGGAAGAAAUAGGGGAUUACUGCUCAGAAGCAAAACUUAUCAACCUUCACAAGAAGACAAUUUACGCGGUGCAAACGUUGAAUAACGCCACUGCUCAAUGGAAAGUUCUGGUGGAUCGCGCUUUGUUCCUUGAAAAUCUUGCGUUCUCCGAAUCCAACGGCUACAAUUUGGAUCUUGCGAGAAACAUAUGUGUUCCGGUUGGAGUUCGCCGAUUUUGGUACACACGUCUUCAAACGCCAUUCUGUCGAGUUCUCGGAGUUGUCACAGUUUUCAUGACAUUUUUCGUUUUGUUCUCGGAAUGUACUUUCUUCGUUGUCUCUUAUACCGUUUCCCCAGCAGCUUUCGUCACAGAAUAUGCAUCAAACAGAUUCCAUUACAAGUACACACAGUUUGUUGCUUUCGGUAUUAUCGUCUACUUGAUCACCUGUGCGUAUUUCACGAUUUUCCGACUUCAAAUCUACAAAUAUUAUCAUCUGGACCCUAAUGGACACACCGAUGAGAAUAGUAUUCUGUUCAGUGCUAUACUUCUAUGUCGCCUGACCCCACCAAUCUGUUUAAACUUCCUCGGAAUGAUACAUAUGGAUUCUCAUGUCUCCAUGGCUAAAAGUUUCGGUGUGGAGACACAGUUCACCAAAUUGAUGGGUCAUUUAGACGUUAUCCCAAUUCUAGCUAAAGGAAUCAACAUAUAUUUGCCGAUCUGUAUCAUUUUGCUGUGUGCGAUCCACUACUAUAGAGUUGGAGCUUACGUUCUUCACAAUAUCGGAUUUGAUCAAUUUGUGGAGUCUGAUGAAAUGACAAACGAUAUGAUCAACUCGGGACGAUCACUUGUACAAAUAGAGCGAAAUUCAAUCAAGCGGUCAAAUGAAAGAAAUCAACGGAAUCAAAGCUGGACCAAUACCAUUACAAGUAACACAUCUACCACAUCAAAUGCUGUUAACAAAUACAAGCGUUCUCGGAAGAACGAGGAGGAAAGACCAAUGCUGGAAGAAGAAGAAGAAAUGGAGGAGGUGUCGAGUACCACGCGCAUCUCCUUGUCUCCAACGGAACAUCCAUCGUCUAGCGGCUUCUUCGAUGAUAUGUGA